CUCUCACCCUCUUCUCUCCCACUUUUCAAAAAACUUCACCUUUUGGCUAUGGGAGUUAUGAACACCAAUAACGUUUCUACAACUCCCAUUCUUCUUCUUGUUUGUUGCCUUGUUUUUCUUCAAUCAAUAGUAUCUCUUCGUGUCGUUAAAGCCGAUUUGAAUUACAAAGAUGCUCUCACCAAAUCCCUUAUUUUCCUCGAAGCUCAACGCUCCGGCAAGCUCCCUCCCAAUCAUCGCCCAGCUUGGAGAGGAGACUCAGCUCUCGACGAUGGACAACUUGCCAACGUUGACCUAGUGGGAGGAUAUUACGACGCAGGAGACAAUGUGAAGUACGGACUUCCGAUGGCUUUCACCAUUACAACUCUAGCAUGGGGAGCCUUGGCUUACCCGGAAGAGAUUGAAGCCGCGGGCGAAAUGGAGAAUGUUAAAGCGGCACUCCAAUGGGGAACAGAUUAUUUCCUCAAGGCUGCUUCUCGUCGCAAUCGUCUCUAUGUUCAGGUUGGAGAUCCUGUAAAGGAUCAUGAAUGUUGGGUUAGACCAGAAAAUAUGAAGACUCUAAGGUCUGUCUUGCAAAUUGAUUCAAAUACACCUGGUACAGAAAUUGCAGCUGAAACUUCAGCUGCCAUGGCUUCUGCUUCCAUGGUCUUUAGAAGCUCCAAUCAAACAUAUGCUCGUAGGCUUCUCAACAAAGCCAAAUUGCUUUAUCAAUUGGCUAAAAACCACAAAGGAACUUACGAUGGAGAGUGCCCUUUCUAUUGCUCUUAUUCUGGUUUCAAUGAUGAGCUGUUGUGGGCUGCCACCUGGCUAUACAUUGCAACAAAGAGGCCAGUUUAUUUGAAGUACAUUCAAGAAGAGUCCAUUAGUGCAAGUGUGGCUGAAUUCAGCUGGGAUCUCAAAUAUGCUGGCGCUCAAAUUCUUCUUUCCAAGUUUUUUUUCGAAGGAGAGAAGGGUUUACAAAUGUACAAAAAUCAAGCAGAUAGUUAUAUUUGCUCUAAUCUUCCAGACAGUCCUUUCCACCAAAUCUAUGUAUCUCCAGGUGGAAUGGUUCACUUGAGAGAUGGAGCCAACACACAAUAUGUUGCUGGAACAGCCUUCUUGUUUAGUGCUUACAGUGAUCUCCUUGCAACUUAUAAGCAAACUGCUCAAUGUGCUGACAAGAGCUUCGACUCAACCCAACUCAUGAUGUUCGCCAAAAAACAGAUGGAUUACAUAUUGGGAACCAACCCACAAGGAAGAUCAUACAUGGUUGGGUUCGGAAACAACCCGCCGAAACAAGCCCACCACCGUGGAGCGUCGGUGCCGGUUCUAGCGCCAAACGUGGUAGUGAACUGCCCAAUGAGUUUCGUGGACUGGUUCAACAAGGACACACCCAACCCCAAUGAGCUCACCGGCGCCAUUCUCGGCGGCCCUGAUCGAACCGACAACUUCAACGACAAGCGUUCGGACUCGCCCAUGACCGAGCCGGUCAUCUACACCAACUCCCUCGCCGUCGGAGUCCUCGCAAAGCUGGCCGUCCACAAAUUUUAGAGGAAAAAAUAAUAAUUAAAACUAAACUACCACUUUUCACUAUUCCCAAAAAAACCCAAAAAAAACCCGAGUUUUCGGGUUUCUUUUUUAGGCAUUUUAGGAUAAUUAACUUUUGGGAAUUUUUCUAUUAUUCCUUUUGAUUUUGGGGUUUAAACCCUUUGUAACAAAAUGUGGGAUAUGCAAAAAUUGUGAGAUUCAACUUUGCAUUCAUGUUUUGAGAAAGGUAAGAAUUAUAAAUAUCGAUGCCUUUCUUUUUUUCCUUUUUUUGUAUAAAAAGGUAUAUGUAUAUCAAAUAAUAUCUUAAGUAAUUUUUGCUCA